AUGUACAUCUUUGAACCUAGGGAAGCCUGGCUCGUAUCUAAGGAUCGCAAGUCACUUUUCGGUCAAGGCAUUAUAGCUGCAAAUGGCCCAAUUUGGUACCACCAAAGGAAGAUUAUUGCUCCUGAGUUCUACUUUGUUAGGGUUAAGGGUAUGGUGGAUUUGAUGGUGGACUGUACAACCACCAUGUUAAGAUCUUGGGAGAGUAAAAUCGAAGGCGAGGGAGGAAUUGCAGUCUUUGGAGUUGAUGAGGAUUUGAGAAGCUUGUCAGCAGAUAUAAUAUCAAGAACAUCCUUUGGAAGUAAUUAUUCACAAGGCAAAGAAAUUUUCUUAAAGCUCAGAACUCUUCAGAAAAUCAUGUACCAGAGAUACAUUGGGGUUCCAGGUGCAAGAUACUUGGCAACCAAAAACAACAGAGAGAUAUGGAGAUUAGAGAAAGAGAUCAACUCAAUGAUAUUAAGGGUAGCGAAGCAACGCAGUGCUGAGGCAACUUAUGAAAAGGACCUUCUCCAAAUGAUUAUCGAGGGAGCCAAAAAUUAUGAAGAUACUGACAGCCUAUUUUCAGGCAUCUCCCAGGAUAAUUUCAUAGUGGAUAAUUGCAAGAGUAUAUACUUUGCUGGCCACGAAACCACUGCCAUCACAGCAUCAUGGAGCUUGAUGUUACUAGCUGCAUAUCCAGAGUGGCAAGCUCGUGCCCGUGCUGAGGUACUUGGAAUUUGCAUGGAUCGCAUUCCAGAUGCUGAUAUGCUUCAAAGCAUGAGAAUAUUGAAUAUGGUGAUUCAAGAAACCUUGCGCUUGUACGCGCCGUCAAUGUUUGUUGGAAGAGAAGCCUUGGACGAUAUUGAGCUCAACGGCAUUCUAAUUCCCAAACGAACGAACAUUCUGAUUCCAAUCCCAAUACUGCACCGGCUGCCUGAUAUCUGGGGGCCUGAUGCCCUUGACUUCAAUCCAAAAAGAUUUGAGCAUGGAAUUCUUGGGGCUUGCAAGUUUCCUCAGGCUUAUAUGCCAUUUGGAGUUGGUGCUCGAAUUUGUCUUGGCCAACACUUAGCCAUGACAGAAUUGAAGGUGAUUCUGUCUCUUAUUUUAUCCAAGUUUUGCUUCACACUCUCCCCUGCAUACCAACACUGCCCAACUGCUAGUAUGGUUAUUGAACCUGAACAUGGAGUAAGUCUCCAAGUGAGGAGAGUGUGA